CGGCGGCGGCGGCGGACUGGGGAGGCGGCGGCCUGGCUUGGCCUGGCCUGGCCUGUCAGGGCGCGGGCGGCGGCGGCUCCAGCACCAUGUCCCUGCAGUACGGGGCGGAGGAGACGCCCCUGGCCGGCAGUUACGGCGCGGCGGAUUCGUUUCCGAAGGACUUCGGCUACGGCGUGGAGGAGGAGGAAGAGGAGGCAGCAGCCGCGGCCGGUGGGGUUGGGGCGGGGGCCGGCGGAGGCUGUGGUCCGGGGGGCGCUGACAGUUCCAAGCCGAGGAUUCUGCUCAUGGGGCUCCGGCGCAGCGGCAAGUCCUCCAUCCAGAAGGUGGUGUUUCAUAAAAUGUCACCCAACGAGACCCUCUUUUUGGAAAGUACCAACAAGAUCUAUAAAGAUGACAUUUCCAAUAGUUCUUUUGUGAAUUUCCAGAUCUGGGAUUUUCCUGGGCAAAUGGACUUUUUUGACCCAACUUUUGACUACGAGAUGAUCUUCAGGGGAACCGGAGCGUUGAUAUAUGUCAUUGAUGCACAGGAUGACUACAUGGAGGCUUUAACAAGACUUCACAUUACUGUUUCUAAAGCCUACAAAGUUAACCCAGACAUGAAUUUUGAGGUUUUUAUUCACAAAGUUGAUGGUCUGUCUGAUGAUCACAAAAUAGAAACACAGAGGGACAUUCAUCAAAGGGCCAAUGAUGACCUUGCAGAUGCUGGGCUAGAAAAACUCCACCUUAGCUUUUAUUUGACUAGUAUCUAUGACCAUUCAAUAUUUGAAGCCUUUAGUAAGGUGGUGCAGAAACUCAUCCCACAACUGCCGACCUUGGAAAACCUAUUAAAUAUCUUUAUAUCAAAUUCAGGUAUUGAAAAAGCUUUUCUCUUCGAUGUUGUCAGCAAAAUCUACAUUGCCACAGACAGUUCACCUGUGGAUAUGCAAUCUUACGAACUUUGCUGUGACAUGAUUGAUGUCGUAAUUGAUGUGUCUUGUAUAUAUGGGUUAAAGGAAGAUGGAAGUGGAAGUGCUUAUGACAAAGAAUCUAUGGCAAUUAUCAAGCUGAAUAAUACAACUGUCCUUUAUUUAAAGGAAGUGACUAAAUUUUUGGCACUGGUCUGCAUUCUUAGGGAAGAAAGUUUUGAACGAAAAGGUUUAAUAGACUACAACUUCCACUGUUUCCGAAAAGCUAUUCAUGAGGUUUUUGAGGUGGGUGUGACUUCGCAUAGGAGCUGUGGUCACCAGACCAGUGCCCCCAGCCUGAAAGCAUUGACACACAAUGGCACGCCGCGAAAUGCCAUCUAGCCUGGAUUCCAGCUGUCGGGGCUCUGUGCCAGCUUACUCUUCACUCCAGGGUCAGAUGCCACGUGCUACAGGACAUGGGAGCUGCCGCUUGUGGGAAUCCUGGUGCCUGUCCCACUAGAGAUAAGGGGUAGAGUUUCUCAUUUGGAUGAAAACCCCUUCAACCAGUGGUGUGCAACUGAAGCUACUAUUUCUUUUUUUCUCUUUCUAUUUUUUUUAAUGGCAAAAAAGAAUUCUAAAGACCACAGAACUCAAGUGUGUCUUUCUCCUCUUUGGGGUCCUAUUUUAAGUAGUUGGGAUAAUUGGGACCUGGAGAUAACACCACUUACCCAUCCUUACCAGAGAAUGUAGCUGUCAGUUACCAGUUGGAAAUAAUAGAAAGAACUGAGUUUUUAUAUGCUUCACUUAGGUUUUUCAUUUGAGUAGUGUCUAAAAAUCCUGCCUUGCUUACGUUCUAACACUGCUUCUCAGAGUUCAAGUUUGGACGUUGCACAUCUAAGACAUUUUAAAUGCGUUUGCUUGCUAACUCAGAAGACACAUGGUCUGACCGCAGCAAAGGACAUUCCUCUGUUUGUUACUGAAGAAAUGAGAAAGUUUUAUGCUGCAUCAGGUCGAGAGCAAGGCUCAACAGUGGCUGCUGCGUUAGUUCUCUUGGACGUGUUGUGUUGAGGAAGAAACUUUAAUAUAGAAGACAGAUUUUGCACCUGUGUUUUAGGUACCAGACACCUGGGUUCUUUCUCCUCCAUUGGAUAAAUGCUCAUGAUCGGUGUAACGAUGGGAAUUUAACAGAUUUGUUUUCUCCACAGUCUCCUCCUCCUAGGGGAGAAAUUUCAUUAUGUCAUUGAAAUAUUUAGCUCACUUUUCUUUAAACUUGGUACCAGCCCGCUACCUACCUUUUAUUCUAAGCUAUUUAGAUUCUUUACGAAUUGCUGUUUUGUUAACCGUGAAUGACCGUAAGGCACUGGUGGGCUGUCCGCUGGGAGUUGGAGAGAGCACGUGGCGCCACAACAUGUGUCGUGAAACAUACUUUGUCUCCAGUAUUCUGACACCAAGUGUCAGCUGUGGUACUUUCUUCACCUAGGAUAUUAAUUCAUAAUUGUUUCCUUUUGUUGAUGGUUGAUACCCUGUCCAUUGAUUGAAAGUUACACAUUAUUUUUACUCGACAUGCCCAGUAGUCCUGUAUCCAAAGCCACUGGACCACUUGAGUACGUAAGUGCCACUGUUUAAUGAGACAUGUACACCCAGGUCUGCAAACCUAACAGUGUGACUUGGAGUGCUUCCUGCAGGUGAUUCUGACUGUUGAGUAUUUACAUGGACCAUGGUGAUAUCCAAAAGAAAAUGCUUUUAUAUUUAUAGAUUAUUUCACUGAACUAUAUAAAAUGGGUAUCAAUAAAUGUAUUUACUCCAGAA